AUAGACAGAUAUGAAUAGGGGAUGGUGCACGGGUGAGCGGUCUUAGUAAUUAUCUUCACCAACUAUCUGCUCCGGUUGUACGAACAAUCAAAGACGACUUUUCUGAAUUUCAUUCAUAGCUCGGGGAUUAUAUUUUGGGGUUCCUUAGGGUGAGCUUCGCGUGAAUUUUUCUUCCUCUGAUUUGUUCGGAAAUGGAGGGCGUUGAUCAUCUGGCGAGCGAGAGGAGCAGGGCUCAGUUCGAUGUGGAGGAGAUGAAGGUCGUCUGGGCCGGCUCUCGCCACGCCUUAGAGGUCUCCGAUCGCAUUUCUCGCCUCGUCGCCAGCGAUCCGGCCUUUCGAAAGGAUAACAGGACUAGUCUAAGCAGAAAGGAGUUAUUUAAAAACACUCUCAGAAAAACGGCUCAUGCAUGGAAACGGAUCACCGAGCUUCGUCUUUCUGAGGAAGAGGCAUCUAGGUUAAGGUUUUAUGUGGAUGAACCUGCUUUUACGGAUCUUCACUGGGGCAUGUUUAUACCAGCUAUUAAAGGACAAGGCACAGAGGAGCAGCUACAAAAAUGGUUGCCUUUGGCAUACAAGAUGCAAAUAAUUGGUUGCUAUGCACAAACUGAGCUUGGUCAUGGGUCCAAUGUUCAAGGGCUUGAAACAACUGCAACGUUUGAUCCCCAAACAGACGAGUUUAUUAUUCAUAGUCCUACAUUGACUUCAAGCAAGUGGUGGCCUGGUGGAUUGGGUAAAGUUUCCACACAUGCUGUUAUUUAUGCACGUCUUAUUAUUGAUGGCCAAGAUUAUGGUGUCAACGGUUUCAUUGUUCAGCUGCGGAGUUUGGAUGAUCACUUACCUCUUCCGGGUAUAACUGUUGGUGAUAUUGGAAUGAAAUUUGGAAGUGGAGCAUACAACACCAUGGACAAUGGUGUCUUGAGAUUUGAUCAUGUUCGCAUCCCAAGGGAUCAAAUGUUGAUGAGGGUUUCACAGGUUACAAGGGAAGGGAAAUUUGUGCAAUCCAAUGUUCCAAGACAGCUUGUUUAUGGUACCAUGGUAUAUGUGCGGCAAACAAUUGUAGCUGAUGCUUCCUGUGCUUUAUCACGGGCAGUUUGUAUUGCAACUAGGUAUAGUGCUGUUCGUAGGCAAUUUGGUUCGCAGAAUGGUGGUGUUGAGACUCAGGUGAUUGAUUACAAAACUCAGCAAAGUAGACUCUUCCCUUUGCUGGCUUCUGCUUAUGCUUUCAGAUUUGUUGGUGAGUGGUUAAAGUGGCUAUAUACGGACGUGACCCAAAGAUUGCAAGCCAAUGAUUUCACGACAUUACCUGAGGCUCAUGCUUGCACUGCGGGUUUGAAGUCGCUGACAACUUCGGCAACUGCUGAUGGAAUUGAAGAAUGCCGGAAAUUGUGUGGUGGCCAUGGUUACCUAUGUAGCAGUGGGCUGCCUGAGUUAUUUGCAGUUUACGUCCCUGCCUGUACAUAUGAAGGAGACAACAUUGUUCUGCUUUUACAGGUUGCAAGAUUUCUUAUGAAGACCGUUUCUCAGCUGGGGUCUGGGAAGAAGCCUGUUGGGACAACAGCUUACAUGGUGAGAGUGGAACAGUUGAUGCAAUGUCGCUGUGCCGUUCAAAGAGCUGAGGAUUGGUUAAAGCCCAGUGUAAUACUAGAGGCAUUUGAAGCUAGGUCCGCAAGAAUGUCUGUUGCCUGUGCUCAAAACCUUGCCAAUUUUGCAAAUCCGGAAGAGGGAUUUUUGGAACUCUCAGCUGACUUAACUGAGGCAGCAGUUGCUCAUUGCCAAUUGAUUGUUGUUUCCAAGUUCAUUGAGAAACUGAAACAAGACAUACCUGGAAAGGGAGUGAAAGAACAGUUAGAGAUCCUCUGCAACAUAUAUGCUUUGUUUCUUCUUCACAAGCAUCUAGGUGAUUUCCUCAAGACUGGCUGCAUCUCUCCCAAGCAAGCUUCACUUGCAAAUGAUCAGCUAAGAUCUCUGUAUUCCCAGGUCCGUCCUAAUGUGAUCACCCUUGUUGAUGCCUUCAAUUACACCGACCACUUCCUUGGCUCGGUUCUUGGGCGAUACGACGGUAAUGUGUAUCCAAAACUCUAUGAGGAGGCAUGGAAGGAUCCUUUGAAUGAUUCAGUUGUGCCGGACGGCUACCAGGAAUAUAUCCUGCCUAUGCUGAAGCAACAGCUCCGUAACGCAAGACUUUGAAGAAUAUUGAAUAUGAUUAUGCAGAUGGUUCCAUAUAUAAAUUUGGAUAUUUGUAGGUUUUUUUAGUUAAUAAAGCCGUCAGAAGGUGAUAGUUUGCUGUUAAAUAAGUUAUGAUUUCGGCAAGAAGUGCCCUAAGUAGCAAUACGCUCUAAAUGUAUGAUUUGCAUAAUGAUAGUAGAUGCAGGGUAAAAGUACCUUUGACGGCUUCUUCACUCUUUUGUUUGUGAUUAUGGUUGAUGGAUAUAAAUCACUUUACAGAAGCUUAUUUAUUUCAGAACAUUUGUAGAA